CAAUAACCCACCAACCUUCUGGAAGGCGAUGGGCCCCACUCACCGGUUAUCUUCCUAAUUCGCCUGCUGCAUCAGAGCGAACAGAAGGAAUGGAGUUGAAUUCUCAGGAGGAGCAGUCUUCUUUCAGGCAUUUCAGCGAACGGCUUCGGCUCGAGACCGCAUCCUUUUCCAGCCUUUCCAUCGGAGACAGUAUCUGGAGCGAUCACUUCCUCCCCGACACCGGAAAGACCCUCGAUGAUCGCCGGAACUUCCUCUCCGCUGCCGCGUCGGAGUUCACCCCCGGCGGACUCGGAGCCCGAAAGCUCGCGUUCGCGAGCCCCAGCCUUAAUCGGAUCAAAAACAACGACGAAGAAUACAGCUCCGUUGACGGGAUCAAGGAUCGCGGUUUCUCGAACAAGAGCUUCCGAUUCAACAACGGAAAUGGAGUGAUGAAGAAUUUUUACUUGGAUAAGUCGUUUGGGAAGCCCGCGCAGGGUAAGAAGAACAGCAGCAGCAAUGGUUUUGGUGGGAAGAAAAAGAAUGGGAAUGGUAAUAAUGGAGUCUAUAAGAACAGUAAUAAUAGUAGGGAUAGCAAUAGCAAUAGCAAUGGUAAUGGAGGAGCGUUAGAUAAGCGAUUCAAGACAUUGCCGGCAUCCGAGGCGCUACCAAGGAGCGAGGCAAUUGGAGGUUACAUCUUUGUCUGCAACAAUGAUACCAUGGAGGAGAAUCUGGAAAGACAGCUCUUUGGUAUGUUUUCCCUUCUUCCCUUAUCAAUCUAGUGAGUUUAACGCCCCAUUCUUAGGUUU